AUCCGUGGAAGAGUGGACGUGGUGGUGUAGUGAGUAACUUCUUACGGGAAUUCGAACUCGUGUGCUUUUUGGGGCACUUGUAAAAGAACACAAAGGAAGACCAAAUAUAAUUCAUAAUUUGCAUUUUUUUUUUUUUUUUUAGUGGUAAUACGAAGCUGUUGGUCAUAGUAAUAGUAACAGCAGUAAUAACAGUAAGUUUUCUCUUUUCUGAACGUUGAAGUCUUGAUUUUGCGAGUCAUUCACCGAGAACGAAAGAAAGACAACGCUGAUAAACACGAAGAGAGAAAGAAACAAGAUAAACCGUGGCGAGAAGGAAGAGGGAAAGAACAGUGAGAGUGCGAGAGGAAGAAAGUAAACAAAAUCAGUAAGAGGAAGAAAAGUAUAAGAGAUAAAAAGAAGAAAUAGCAAAUUAAAGCAAUAUAAAUAAAUAGCUAAUAAAAACAAGAAAAAUUACCUAAUAGAAGCAAGAAGAAGAAAUAACCAAUAAAAACAAGAGGGAUAAAUACCGAGUAGAAAGAACUAGCCUAUAAGGACAAGGGGAACAACCAGCCAAUAAGAACGAGAGGAACAACUAGCCAAUAGGAAGAGACUAAUACAAAUCACAAGUAGCAAAGAAGGAAGAGCGCAAGAGUACCACAGACAAAAGGGAAGGAAAGGCUUGGCGCAGGUUCACAAUGCCUUGCCACGAGAUUGAGUUUGGAAUGUUCCCGCUGGAGGAGGAGGAGGAGGAGGGCAGACAGCUGGAUGCCAACGGGGAGCAGAGCACUGACCCUACCAGGUUCCCGGAUGGUGCACUUCGCCUCCGCAACCCGCACAUCAGCGAGAUGGAGCAGGACAUUCUCUACCACCUGGCUCUGGGCUCCGGCUCCCACGACCUGCAGGAGAUGUUCAGUGACGUGCGCUUCGUCUGCAUGGGAGGAACGCCCAAGAGGAUGGAGCAGUUUGCGUACUAUAUCAUGGAUGAGAUUGGAUACAAGCUGCCGGCCGGGACUACAUUGCUGGAUAUCUCGUUUCAGUCCUACCGCUACUCCAUGUACAAGGUGGGCCCAGUGCUGUGUUUCUCGCACGGCAUGGGCAUUCCCUCCGUGGGGAUCCUGCUGCACGAGGUCAUCAAGUUGAUGUACCACGCCAAGUGCCGGGAUCCCAUCUUCUUCAGGCUGGGCACGUGCGGGGGUAUUGGCAUCGAGGGAGGCAACUUGGUGAUCAGCGAGAGUGCGGUGGACGGUCUCCUGCAGCCUUACCUUGAGCUGCCAGUGCUGGGGCAGAUGCAGAGGCGCCCCGCAGUGCUGGACCGCCAGCUGGCCCACGACCUCAAGAACCUGCGACGCGAGGACGAUCCCUUCACCGUGACUGUGGGCAAGACCAUGUGCACCUACGACUUCUACGAGGGUCAGGGCAGGCUGGACGGCGCCUUCUGUGACUACACCGAGGAGGACAAGCUGGCUUUCCUGCGUAAGAUCCAUGCAGAGAACGUGGUGAACAUGGAGAUGGAGAGCCUGUGCUUCGCCGCACUGUGUCACCAUGCUGGGGUGCGCGGCGCGGUGGUCUGCGUCACUUUACUCAAUAGACUGCAUGGGGAUCAGGUCUCCACGCCAAAGGAGGUGCUGAACAAGUGGCAGGAAUACCCGCAGAUGCUGGUCGCUCGCUACAUCAAGAAGGCACUGGGACUGCCGGUAGCCGUGCCCCAGCGAAGCCACCCUCAGGUUUAAGGGGAGUCAGUCAGGCAGUGGAUAGGACUUGUCCAAAAAUAAAGACAAAAAAAAAAAAAAAAAAAAGAAAGAGAACGAAAGCUAGAGAAAAUACAGGAGGGUUGGCGACGCGGAGGACUGCAGCUGAUUUCCCUCCGCCACUUCGAGGAGCGACGCCCUCUCACCCCUGCCCCUCCUCCCCCAAAAUUAUUACACAUUCGUACCUCCUUCCAUAUCUCUAAUGUUCCCUCCCUCCAUCCGUUCUUCUAAUGUUUCUCUCACUCUCCUCCUUUCCACCCUCCCACGAUAUCCUUUUUUCUCCCUCUAGUUCUAUCCUCCUUUGCACUUCUUCCUUCCACAAACUCCGAUUUCUCCGGCCCUUUCCCUCCUUCACCCCUUCACCCCCAACCCUCCACUCCAGCACUGCCCCUGCGCACUGUGGUGGACAAGAAUGGGGAGAGUGAUGCAGAUAAGUACACCUUUAUUUCUAAUCAAGCACUAUUGUAUCCUGUUAUGCCUUGUGUCUCUCCUUCGUCACUUUCGUCCGUUGCUAUCUCGUAUUGUGUCACUCAAUUCAUCUAGUUUAUUCACUCACCCUCUGUCUCUCGCUCACUUGCAUGCAUAUCAUUAGUAUUAUUAUUGUAUUAUUAUUAUUAUUAUUAUUAUUAUUACUACUACUACUACUACUACUACUGCUACUACUACUACUAUUCAUGUUAUUAGUGUUGUUUCCUGUCACUCGGUUUUCUCUAAUUACUGUAAUUAUUCAAAGCACUGCCGUUCAUUCUUUUAUUUUUAUACAUUAGCAAUAGAUAUAGUACGUGCAAUGGGUGUUGUUGCUAUCAUUAUUAUUAUUAUUAUUAUUAUUAUUAUUAUUAUUAUUAUUAUUAUUAUUAUUAUUAUCAUUAUUAUUAUUAUUAUUAUUAAUUAAUUACGAUAAUGAUUAGGUAAUGAUGAUGAUAGUGAUGACUACAGUGUACUACUACCUAUACUAUUAUUAUUACUGUUCUGAACUUCAUUCAUUCAUUCCUAAGGUUUGUUUGUUGUUCACUUAUUCCGAUUCAAAUAUUCCCACCAACUAAUUUAUUAAUUAAGAAAGCGUGGUUGUACAUUCAAUAUUCUUAGGCUGUUAGUAGUAUUAUUGAUAUUUACUUGUUUCGUUACUGCUUAUUUUGAGAUAGAAGUUCAAAGUGCAUCAAUUUUUUUUUUUUUUUUAUGUAUAACAAUCAGUAUUCUCAGACAUGCUAUAUACAUAUAUGUCUUAAUCUCUACUAUUUGUAGUGUGUGUGUGUGUGUGUGUGUGUGUGUGUGUGUGUGUGUGUUGCUAUUAUUAUCUUUCAUUAUCUUUAGUUCCCGUAGUGGGUGUUGAUGAGUGACAGUGGUGGUCGUAAUGAGUGAUGAAGUGUGAUGGGUUAUGGUGGUGAUGAAAGUGAUGAUUGGUGAUGAAUGGAGAGUGAUAUGUUUUGGUGAUGGUGGAAGUGAUGAGUGAUGAUGCUGAACUAUGAGUGAUGAUGAUGAUGGAAGUGAUCAGUGGUUAUGAUGAUGAGUUUAGGUGAUGGUAUAAGUGAUGAGUAGUGAUGACAAAUAGUGAUGAAUGGUGGUGGUGGUGGUAGUAGUGAAGCGUGGUGAUGGUGAAUGAGUAAUGACUUAUGACGAUGGCGGUGAUGAACAGUGUUCAUUGUUAUUGGUAGUGGUGAUAACUAAUGAUGACUACUGAUGAAUGGUAGUAUGUGGUGAUGAUUUAUGAUGAGUAGUGGUGAGUAGUGAUGACUUUUUGGGUGCGUAUGAAUGAAUGGCUCUUCUUUGGCUCCUUAAAAGUGAUGAGCGGUGAUGACGUGUGAUGAGUACUGGAAGUAAUAUCAGCAAGCAAUACUUCACUUUAAAAACUCAUUCUAGAAAUUACUUUGUGAACUGAGCUGUGUCCUGUGGCUGUAUUUUUGUCUGUAUUUUUUAUCGAUUUUGUCUUUAUUUAUAUAUAUACAUUAAUUUAUAUGACUAAAGGAAUGAUGUGCGGAUAACUUCUUUUAUACUUCAUUACUAUUACGUCUACGUAAUGAAGAAAGGAAGAUGACGUCACACGAACACACACACAUACAUGCAUACCUACAUACAUACAAAAGAAGAGAAGUCUAAUGAAAUUUAUGAGAUAUUUUGUUACUGUGUAUAUAUUUCAGUAUAUAUUUGAUAUGUAGAUAUAAGUUUAUAUUCUUGUUUUGGAGGGGAAAAGAACAGGAAAGUAAAUUACCAUAAUUACCUUCAGUCACUUUUCAAAAGUUGGAAUAGAACAUUUUGGACUUCAUUAUUAUUUUUUUUUAUUUUUAAUUCAUAACACAUAACAAAUUUAAUAAUAAUCAUAGAACAAAAUUUUAAUCCAAAACAUGUCAAUGAAUCAAGGAUAUAUAUAUAUAUAUAUAUAUAUAUAUAUAUAUAUAUAUAUAUAUAUAUAUAUAUAUAUAUAUAUAUAUAUAUAUAUAUAUAUAUAUAUAUAUAUAUAUAUAUAUAUAUAUAUAUAUAUAUAUAUAUAUAUCAUAGCAAUUUUAUUCCCAUUCAAUGAAAGAAAAUAUAAUAGUUUAUGUUCAGAAAAUCUUUGAUGCCCAUUUCACGAAAAUUUGGUUGUCCAAAGUUUGACCGAAUAUAUGACAGUUGUCAUAUUUGACUUCUUUAAACACCAUUUUAUUAAAUGUGAAGCCCCUAAGAAGUUUAUCAUUGGAAAAUAUGAAAUUUGUAUAUAUAUAUAUAUAUAUAUAUAUAUAUAUAUAUAUAUAUAUAUAUAUAUAUAUAUAUAUAUAUAUAUAUAUAUAUAUAUAUAUAUAUAUAUAUAUAUCCAUAAAAUUGAAGAAGAUCAGCAAAAAAAAAAGAGAGAGAGAGAGAGAGGCAUGAGAUAAAUAAAAGAAAGUAGGAUAAAAUUUUUGCUUAUGAACUAAUUUUAAAAUCAUAAAAUCUCGAAGACCUCACUCUGUUCACUGAAAAAAAAUAAAUAGAUAAAUAAAAAUAAAAACCUCAAAAACCUCAAAAAAAAACAUAUAUAUAUAUAUAUAUAUAUAUAUAUAUAUAUAUAUAUAUAUAUAUAUAUAUAUAUAUAUAUAUAUAUAUAAUGCAAUAUAUUUUCUUGAAAUUCCAUCCACGUCUAUCCCACGAGAACCAACAUGUUCCUGCAAUUUCAAGAUAUUCAUCAAAUUCCAUCUGUAAAAUUUGUUUAUUCCUCCCCACUCUCUCUCUCUCUCUCUCUCUCUCUCUCUCUCUCUCUCUCUCUCUCUCUCUCUCUGUCAUGGCGAGGUCACUUUAAGUGGGCUUGUACCAGGCUACUCAUGGUUAGUGUUUUCAGUCGUGGUGUUAUGAGCGAGGGAGAACUGAUGUAAUUUGUCUUGAUAUAAAAUGGGGAUGGCAAUUACUUGUGGUUAUGAAAGUGGAAAUGUGUUUCUAUUUAUUUAGAAUGGGGAGGACCAGUUACGAUUUUUUUUUUUUAUCAUCAAUUCAUUUUUUGUCCUCAUUUAAUUGUUAUUUUCAAUUGUGUUGCUGUGAAAGAAAUUGUUCUUCUUCUUGCCUUAAUGUAGCAUUAAGAGUAGCGGUCGUUAGAUAUCCUUUCCUUUUUUUUUGUAUUACGUUUGUUGUCUCACCACGCUCCUAUUAUACAUAUCCACGCCCACGGUCAGUCAGAGCCUCCUCCAUCCCACGCCAAUAUCCGCCCACAUAGGCCUAUUAUUCCAUUCCAAACUGUAUUUAAUUGACAAUACAUUCCACACGCCGUUCCUGUAUUGCUGUAUGUUCACACACACACACACACACACACACACACACACACACACACACACACA